AUUAACGUUAAGGGCUACGCUAUCCUAAAUGUAUAUAGACAACUACAGACCUUAGAGGUUAUCGACUACAUUACCUACCUACUCCCUCUAGUAAAGUGCCUUAUUAAGGGAGACUUUAACGCCUGUUACGACAUGUUUAAGCCUAGGGCCUAG